AGUGAGAGUCCGUCCUGCCGUCUGUGCUCGCAGACUGCGGCCGGAGGGAGAAGUUGCCGGAUCGCGCUACUUCCCGUUUGCCUUGAGGGAGGUGACUCGGCGAGUGGUGGAGGGAGCAAGGCAAGCUACCUGAGGCAUGCGAGUCCCGGCGAUAAUCCUCCUCGGAGCCGCCCUGCAGAGUGCAUCUGGGGACGAGCAGCCGUGGCCCACCCAUACCAUCUGCAGCACAAGCAAACUACAGGCAUACUACAGGAGCUGUGAUCCCCUGCAGGAUGUGGGACUCAGCAUCAGCCCCUGCUCUGUGGAAAUGACCGGGAAGAUCAACAGCAGAGUAUUACUUAUACUGCGGCAGUCUGUGGAGGAGCUGUACUUGUCUGCAGAUGUCUACUAUAAUGGGUAUUUUUUCCAUCACUAUGACAUUACCCUGUGCGAGCCAGAGUUUCCCAGGUUCAUGUUCUGUGGCUAUAAAAGAGGAGAACUGAUCACUCAGGAGAAUCCAGUAAGCAUUAACCUUGAGGUUAUUCCCAAGGGCCAUUUGAACAUGAAGGGCAUCUUGGUGAAUCAAAAUGGCUUCCAGAUUGCCUGCAUAAAUGCCACUAUCAUCAGGACAUGAUUGUUUUGUGCAUCCAGGACUCUACCUUUUAACAUUGAUGACAGACUCUUUAGAUAAAUAAUGGCACAAUGCUCUUGUGCCCAUAUAAAUUGUAGUUACGAUAUAUCAGAGUUACUGGUUGUGCUGCAGUAUGGAGUGUAGUUUCUUGUGCAUUAAGCAGUUUCAUUCAAUCUACACAUGGGUGGAGUCGUUGUAACUUAAUUUCACAAUA